CGCCGCGCGCAGUCAGUCCAGUCCAGGCUCAGAGCGGGGCGCAGGCGGUCGGCAGGCAGGCAGCGUCGCCUCAGCAGUGCCACACCGGUACGGCUCGCGGUCGUGCGGUUCACGAGAGCAGUGUCGCGAGUCUUCCCCUUUGAUCCCCGGAGAGCGCGGCGCAGGACACAUGAGUGAUUGGACCGCCCACACCCUCACAGAGCAGAGUGCCAUGUUUGGAACAGAAAUAGUGUUUCUCUGACGAGCGUGAGCGAUCGUGCGUGCGUGCGUGCUGGCGUGAGGGGCGUGCGGGCGUACGAGUGAGUGAGAGAGCGAGUGAAAGCGACAGAGACGACGCGGGUCUGGACUCGGAACGCCGCGGUACUGGAUUUUUUUCGCUUCGGACGACUACCACACUAGCCGAGGGAGCCAUGGACACCCUGCUAUCUCGGGCGGAGAUCCCCAUCAUAGACCUGGGCCUGGUCGGUGGGGAGGCGAGCUGGAGCGAGGCGGACGCCCUGCGGGUGGCGGCCCAGCUGCACCGCUCGCUGUCCGAGACCGGGCUGGCCCUCCUCGUCAACCACGGCGUGUCCGAGGAGAAGCUGCGCGCGGGCUACGAGGCCAUGGACCGCUUCUGCGCGCUGCCCCAGGACACGCGGGACGCCUACCGCCGCAUCCCGCCCCACCAGCACGGCUACGUCGCGCCGGGCACCGAGAGGCUGUCCGAGGAGUGGAUCGGCGAGAUCAGACACACGUUCAACGUGAGCCAGGGCGCUCCGCAGGGGAAGGUCCCGCCCGAGACCGAGGUGGCCGGCUUCCAGGGGGCCGUGGACGACCUCGGACACGAGUUCAAGCGCCUCGCUCGGCUGCUGCUGCAGGCCAUUGCCUUAGGCCUCGAGCUGCCGGUGGACUUCUUCCUGGAGCACCACAAAGGCGUGGCUGAGCUGGCGACGCUGUGCGAGGCCGGCGACGCCACGCCGGCCGUGGUCGCGACACCCCCAGAGGCGGACGCGGUGCCGCAGGCGCAGCCGCCGGCCGGCAACGAGUCCUCCCUCCGCCUCGAGUUCUACCCGCCCUUCGUGGCGCCCCCGCCGGCCGGGGUGACGCGCUGCGGGGAGCACACGGACUGCGGCACCCUGUCCAUCAUGGCGCAGGACAGCGAGGGUGGCCUCGAGGUGCAGACCGCCGACAAGCAGUGGGCGCGGGUCGGCCACCUGCCCGGCGCGCUGCUCAUCAACACGGGCGACGUCAUGGGCGCCUGGACGUGCAACAGAUACGCACCGACGCUGCAGCGCGUGAUCGUGCCGGAGCAGCCCAAGGUGCGCGCGCGCGGCCGGCACGCCGUGGGCUUCCUGGUGCAGCCCGACAACGACUCCCUCAUCUCCCCCAUCGAGAGGCUGGCCCUGGCGGCGGGCUGCACGCCCGUGCCCACCACGUGCCCCAUGCGCGCCGACCUGUUCGUGGAUCCCAGCCGGCGGAGGAAACGCUCGUUCUACGCGCCGCACAACCACCUCGCCAGCAGGCUGAGGGAGACGGCGGCGUCCUGAGGGGCCGGGCCGGGCCUGGCCACAACUGACCUCGACCUCAGCCUCUUGCGAAUGACGCGCUCCUUCAGUCCGAUGCGAGUUCAAUCAAAGUGACAUGAAUGUGACUGAGAUUAUUGGGCUCAGCUUCGAGAACGAAAUAUCAUAUUGAUCUCUAUGCGAGGAGCAGAGCUAAAUUUUACUUUCCAACAAAAUUAUUUUUAAAGAUUGUAUAGUGUACGUAUAUUUUAGGUCAAUAAAACAUUCCAAAGCUA